GCUUCAGAAUGUUUCCGGUGUAGAGUGCUGAGGUCACGGUGUCCUUCCCCACGUGUGUGAUCCGCGUCCAGCAGCUCCGAGCUCAACCGAAUCAGACCUCCGUCAUGCUGAAGUCUGUGAGCCGCGCGGUUCAGCUCGCAGCCCGGCUGUCCAUCAGCAGCUCCGCCCCGCCGCUCCGCAGAACCUUCAGCAGAUCCAUCUGGAGCCUCAGCAGCAGCGGAGCGGGGUCCGACUCCAGGCCGAGGCUGCUCACAUCGACCCGGGCUCUGCCCUCACUGUCCUGCGGCUGCGGGAGUCUGCACACCGAGGGUGAUAAAGCAUUUGCAGCGUUUCUCACUGAUGAGAUCAAAGAAGAAAAGAAUAUCCAGAAGAACAAGAGUCUUCCUAAAAUGUCCGGCGGCUGGGAGCUCGAGCUCAACGGCACAGAAGCCAAACUCAACCGCGCGCUGUCUGGAGAAAAAAUCACUAUCACUUUCAACGUGAACAACAGCAUCCCGCCGCAGCUGGAGGAGGAUCCUGAGCACACGCAGAAGAGUCCGGAGGACGAGCCUGACAUUGUCUCAACGCCCAACUUUGUGGUUGAAGUGACCAAACCUGGAGUAAAGAGCUCAAUGGUGUUUGACUGUCAUUUCCCCGAGGAUGAGCUGUUUGUCUCCGAGCAGACGGCUCACGGUGAGGCUGAGGAGGAGAGCGAUAUCUUCGCCAUCCGGGAGGUCAGUUUCCAGCCGGAGGGAGAUUCAGAGUGGAAGGAAACCAGUUACACACUCAACACAGACUCUCUGGACUGGGCCCUGUAUGACCAUCUGAUGGGCUUCCUGGCUGACCGCGGCGUCGACAACACGUUUGCAGAUGAGCUGAUCGAGUUGAGCACGGCGCUGGAGCAUCAGGAGUACAUCAAGUUCCUGGAAGAUCUCAGCACUUUCGUCAAAUGCAAAUAGAUUAUCUCGAUUUAUUAAAACUUUGUGAUACGUCUGGCUCAUGUGGUCUGAUGUGAUGACAUGACGAAGAUGAAGGCAGAACAGUUUUGUAUUUAAUUUUAUGUCAUGUUUAUGUGCACACACACCGUGGU